AUGUCGCGUGUAGCAGAGUUUGUAGCCUAUAUCCGCUCGAGCACGGCCUUUGUCGCGUUUGAAGCUGCAUACACAGUGCUGGGCAAAAUUAUCGCGUGUGACUACCCCGGCACUCUGCGGCAUCGCGCGGCGAUCCUUGCAUCCGAGUGCGGGUACCCGUUUCAUUUGCAAGUCACGUCGCGCGAGUAUGUUGCUACGCUCACUCAAUUCCUGCCGUCCCAGCACUGCGGCGUGAUUGGACAAAAGAUUCUCAGCAUGCUGCAAGAAUGGCGCUGCUCGUUUGUGGAGACCAGCCCGUUUAAAGACGAUUUUGCCCCAAAUGCAGAAACCGUUGCGUUGCUCAACCAAGCAUACACGUACCGCACGCACGAUCAAUUUUUGGAAAUGCGCAAUGUCGUUCAGACCACGAAACUGCACGACCUGGUGCGCCGCGGCACACGCGCCGACCUGCGCAACGCACAAGCGCUGCUCCACACAAUGGCGCAGCGCGCGCCGAGCGUCGCUCCACAUACCACGUGA